AUGUCAGAAAACGAAAGAUUCGCCCCUGGAACCCAGGUUUUGGCGUAUCACGGUCCUCUUGUCUACGAGGCAAAGGUCUUGAAGUUUCGGGAGAGAGGGAAGCUUUUUGUGGAAGUUGGAGAAGGACAAAGUGAACCUUUGGAUCAGAACAAGAUCCCUUUGUUCCUUCAAGACGGCGAUGCUUACUUCCUACAUUACAAAGGAUGGAGUACUAAGUGGGACGAAUGGGUCUCCAAUCAACGGGUGAUGGAAUUCAACGACGACAACUUGGGUUUGUCGAGAGAACUACGAAAUGCUCGCAAACGAGCUAUUGAACGUUUGGAUCCUUCCAAGGAGAAAAAACAAACGGUGAAAGAGGAACCGAAAGAGAAGAAAAGGAAGAAACUGCCAUCUGCUGCGCCGCUGCUGGCAGCAUCCAACGGAACCGUGGAAUCAAGGCCGUCUACCAACGGCUAUGUAAGAAAAAAGCUAAAGCAGGAACCCAAGGGCCCUUCUUACGAGAUAAUGAUGCCCUUGCGGCCAAAACUAAAAUGCAUGCUCGUGGACGACUGGGAGUUCAUGACCAAGGACCACAAACUUAUAGACUUGGACACGGCGGUGCCGGUGAGGAAGAUACUACAAGACUUUUACGAACAUCAGAAAGAGAAAGUCAGCAAAGAGAUGCUCAGGACCGUCAAGGAGGCCAUCGAUGGUCUUGCGGUUUAUUUCGACAAGCUGCUCCGGUUCAACUUGCUAUACCGUUUUGAGAGGCUCCAAUACAGCCAGCAUCUAGAAAAGAACCAGGACCUAAACGCCACAGACCUUUAUGGAGUGGAGCACCUACUUCGACUUCUUGUCACCCUUCCGGCCCAAAUCGGCCAGACCAGCAUGAACAGCAUCACCGUGAACACCCUCAUGGCGCAAAUGAGGGACUUGAGCAUAUUUAUCGAUGACAACAUCAGCACUUAUGCCAGCGCAUACAUCAACUCAAGCCCGUCGUACGACCGGCUUGCUAGAGGCGCCUAG